UUCAAGAAUCAUCAACUUCCGCUCGCUAGGAUUAAGAAGGCAAGGCAGCCUAUAAUGAAAUCAGACGAGGACGUGCGCAUGAUCAGCGCGGAGGCUCCUGUCCUUUUUGCCAAGGCUUGUGAGAUGUUCAUUUUGGAGCUGACGUUGAGGUCUUGGAUGCACGCCGAGGAAAACAAACGCAGGACACUCCAGCGAAACGACGUGGCAGCCGCAAUCACAAAAACGGAGAUCUUUGACUUCUUGCUUGACAUUGUUCCUCGAGACGAUAGCAAGCAGGACGAAGCCGGGGGGACAACAGGGCCGGCGGGGACCACCACGCCCAGUGCACCCCCGGCACCACCG